ACACUGGGUCUCAGGAUGUCUAUCACUGCUGCUACACACUCAGGAAGCAAACUGGAACCUUCCAUCACUGCUGUUCUUCUCUAACUACCUGCACAAGACCAGCAUUUUGGACAUUGCACCUCACCCGGAUCUGCAGCAGGCAGAAAAAGGCUUUGGAUUGACAAUGUUGUUCCCUGCUGUGACCUGGUUCCUGUUGGUAGCAGGGCUGUUGAGUGUCUGGGCUCAGGACUACUAUGAAGAGAGAACAGUGAACAAGAGACCCAGGGGCAGGGGGGCCCAACUGCAAGCUCCAGCCAUUGCAACUAACGUGCAAAAACAUAAUGGACAAGCCAUUUUAGAUGAGGACUGCGGUCUGGAGCUUACCUUUCUGCUGGACAGCUCUGAGAGUGCCAAGGAGAACCAUGAGCAGGAGAAGCGCUUUGCCAUGGAUGUGGUGGACAGGCUCCAGGCCGCCCGUCUGCAGACCGGGCGCAGUCUGAGCUGGAAGGCGGCCCUGCUGCAGUACAGCAGUCACGUCAUCAUCGAGCAGACCUUCAAGCAGUGGAGGGGCACCGACAACUUCAAGUCCCACAUCACCCCCAUUGUCUACAUCGGCCACGGCACCUACACCACCUACGCCAUCACCAACAUGACCAAGAUGUACCUGGAGGAGUCCAGCCCAGGCAGCAUCAAGGUGGCCAUGCUGCUCACUGACGGCAUCUCCCACCCCAGGAACCCAGACAUCUUCUCAGCUGCCGCUGACGCCAAGAACCAGGGGGUGAAGUUCUUCACGGUGGGCAUCACCCGCGCAGCCAACGAGUCAGCCAACGUCGCCCAGCUGAGUUUGUUGGCCAGUUCUCCUGCCUCCCGAUACCUCCACAACCUGCAGGAUAUUGACAUUGUGGAGAAAGUCCUCAAAGAAAUUACUGACCUGGCUGAUGAAGGGUGUCCCCCGGCCCAACAAUGUGCCUGUGAGAAGGGCGAAAGAGGACUCAGUGGCUUAGCCGGGAAGAAGGGUCGCCCUGGAGAUGAUGGAGCCCCUGGUCUCAAAGGAUUGAAGGGAGAGGGAGGACUAAGUGGACUUCCAGGUCAGGAUGGCGGAGAAGGAAAAUCUGGUUACAAAGGAGAGAAGGGUGAGAGAGGCGAGUGUGGCACUCCGGGAAUGAAAGGGGACAGGGGUCCUGAGGGCCCAAUGGGCACCAGAGGAGUCAGAGGUCUCCAGGGUUUACCCGGUCCACAGGGUGAUGUUGGACCUGAGGGCCCUCAGGGUAAGAAGGGUGAUCGGGGUCAAGCUGGCCCGGCCGGAAUUCAGGGAGAAAAUGGUAUUGGACUUCCUGGACCAAAGGGUGAUCUGGGAUUCCAGGGAAAACCCGGCCCCCCUGGUCCGACAGGGUUGAGUGAAUAUGGCCAGCCAGGGCCUCAAGGGCCACAAGGUUUUCAAGGGGAGAAAGGACCCCACGGAGAAGGGCUCCCUGGGCCAAAGGGAGACCGGGGGCUGGCCGGACCGAGGGGGCCAAGAGGACAGACUGGUGCAGGAAUCAAAGGAGAAAAGGGUGAGUUCGGGCCUCCAGGUCAUCCAGGACUUGUUGGACUUACAGGAGCGGGCAUCCAGGGGGAGAAGGGAGUGGAGGGUCCCAGAGGUCCACCUGGAGGCAGAGGACCUCAAGGAGAGGGCUUACCUGGACCUAAGGGUGAUCAAGGUUUCCCCGGAGAGCUCGGAGCUACAGGGGAGAGAGGUGUUGGUGAGCCAGGGCCAAAGGGUGAGCUUGGUACAUCUGGCCUGGCUGGCUUACCUGGUCUUCCAGGCGAGGACGGGGCUCCAGGACAGAAGGGUGAGGCGGGUGUAGCUGGUAUAAGAGGUCCUGAUGGAGCAGCAGGGAUCGGCACCCAGGGCGAGAAGGGAGACCAGGGUCAGAGGGGCAUCCGUGGAUUACAUGGACCUCCUGGCAUGACCGGACCCUCAGGGGCAAAGGGGGAGCCUGGCACACCAGGCCGACUGGGCAUGCCAGGACUACCGGGACGGGCCAUUGCAGGUCCCAAGGGUGAUCUAGGCCCACCUGGUCCCUCUGGGCCGACUGGAGAGACAGGCUAUGGGCUACCUGGGCCAAAGGGUGACCGUGGUAAUCCUGGUCCAUCAGGACCUUUUGGAUCCAAAGGUGAAGGUUUCCCUGGCCCAGUGGGUCCUCCAGGCCUUCCAGGUCUACAGGGAGAGCAGGGCCCUGAGGGCAUUGGCAUCCCAGGACCUAAGGGAGACAUUGGCUUCAGAGGAUUGCCAGGUUUGUCAGGCCCAAAAGGAAAGGGUGUGCAAGGACCACCGGGUAACAUUGGAAGGAAAGGACCCCCUGGUCCAAAUGGGCCCCCAGGGGAAGGUCUGCAGGGCCCCAAGGGUGAGCAGGGGUCUCAGGGUGUGACAGGGCCAAGGGGACCCAUAGGGGAAGGAUUCCCAGGAGGUAAGGGUGACCGUGGCUUGCAGGGUGAGAGAGGAAAUAAGGGUGUAAAGGGGGGCAUGGGAGAUUCUGGGGUUCCUGGAGAGUCUGGGAGGCCAGGAGUAAAGGGUGAAGUGGGGCUUACAAGAGAAGACAUCAUUAAAUUGAUCAAGGAAAUAUGUGGAUGUGGAAUCAAGUGCAAGGAGAGGCCAAUGGAGCUUGUAUUCGUCAUUGACAGCUCAGAGAGCGUUGGUCCGGAAAACUUUGAAAUCAUCAAGGACUUCGUCACAGCUCUGGUGGACCGUACCACUGUUGGACGUAACGCCACCAGAAUUGGAUUAGUCCUGUACAGUCUGGAUGUCCACCUGGAGUUCAAUCUGGCACGCUACAUGACCAAACAAGAUGUCAAGCAGGCCAUCAGGAAGAUGUCCUACGUGGGUGAGGGAACCUAUACUAGCACCGCCAUCCGGAAGGCUACUCAGGAGGCCUUCUACAGUGCCCGUACUGGGGUUAGGAAAGUGGCCAUUGUUAUCACAGAUGGACAGACAGACAAACGAGAGCCUGUGAAGCUGGACAUUGCUGUGAGGGAGGCCCAUGCUGCCAACAUUGAGAUGUAUGCACUGGGGAUUGUCAACACCUCAGAUACAACCCAGGCCGAGUUCCUGCGUGAACUAAAUCUGAUCGCCUCUGACCCUGACAGUGAACAUAUGUACCUCAUCGACGAUUUCAACACUCUACCAGCUCUGGAGUCAAAGCUUGUUAGCCAGUUCUGUGAGGAUGAGAAUGGAGCCCUUGUGUUGAAUCGCAACACUAAUGGCUUUGGAAGAAAUGGGAACAACGGCUAUGGGAACAACGGACAGGGGAAUAACGGACAUGAGAAUAACGGACAUGAGAAUAACGGACAUGGGAACAACGGACAUGGGAACAACGGACAGGGGAAUAACGGACAUGGGAAUGGGAACAACGGACAGGGGAAUAACGAACAUGGAAACACCUAUAAUGAGGAUCCUAUCCUAAAUCCAAGUGGACGCACCAGUUCCCAGAGUCACAUCAGAGGCCGUGGAGAUAACUUUGUUCUGCCCCUCAAUGCUGGACCACUCCCAGUGCAGGUGGAUGAUGAAGAGGGUGAAGAUUUAGACGUCAGGACCUACGUGCGAACAGGUAGUACUGUGGCUGUAGCUAACGAAACAGUAUCCAUCUUCCCUGCAAAGGAAAGCUCCCACUCCAACACAGCUGUCUCGUCAUCAGGAUCAGCAUCAUCAUCCUCAGGAACAACAGGUUCAGCUUCAUCAUCCAGCGAGGGCCAAUUUCAGCCUGUAUCAAUUCCUAUCCCUAAUUCUAUUUCCCCCCAAUCCGUCUCGCUCAAUCCCCGCUGUAACCUGAGUUUGGACCAAGGCACCUGUCGAGAGUACAACAUCCAGUGGUAUUACGACAAACAGGCCAAUUCCUGUGCCCAGUUCUGGUAUGGAAGCUGUGAAGGAAAUGCCAACCGCUUUGAGACAGAGGAUGUGUGUAAAAAGACCUGUGUUCUAUCUAGAACAGCGGGUUAAAACAGGCAGAUGAUCAAUCAACUCAUCAGAACAAUCUGCCAUGGAACCAACUAAGCAAAGUGCAGAGGACGUUUAAUAAUAGUGUACUACUGAUAUUUAAAAAUGGUAUAUUUACAACAGGCAUUUAUCAUUGGAAAUAGCGUUAUUUUUGCAGCUCUCUGUGUCUCUCUCUCUUGAGGUGUAGAGAAUAAGGGAAGGACAUGCCACUUCUAGAUUUCAUGAAGUUGCCUUUCUUUUCAGAUGUAUGGUUAUCUGUGGACUAUAUUUACAGAAGUCUGAAUUUGUGAAAAAAAUAUAACGUUGCUAUGGUAACUGUUUUAUUACAUUUGAAAAGUGAUCCUAUACCUUACUCUUAUUAUAUUGAUGUUGGAUUAACUAAUCCAUUCAAUACCUCAAUGUUACUCAACCGUAAGCUGUACUGAACAAAGAGGAUAGGUUCAAGCCCAGCGUUUGUCAUUUCAGGUUUACCUGAGAAAAACAUCACACAAUACAAUUCUCAUACCUCUUAGCCAUAAGCACAUUGUGCUGCCAUUAUGCUGUCCCACAAUAUCGUUUUAUAAUAUAGGGAUAGUCUUCUAGAAUACAUUUUUUUUUUGUAGUAUACGUCUGAAUUCAGUAAUUGUAUUUUAAAGCAAACUAAAUUAAAUAGGUGCUGUAAUUAUUUUUCUUGUUUGUUUAAUGAUAUGUAUUAGUCCGUUUUAGGGUCACAUACGCCAGGCCUAUAAGUGACAGUAUGCAACUUGACCUAUGUAUUUUUCUUCCAAAGUGUUUUGGGAAAUCGCACGUUGCUGUUGAUGAAUAAGCUAACUUUGAAAUGAAUCACAUUUUUUACAUGUGUACUGGUUUUGAUGAUUUUGUUUUGUAUUUGUUUUUAUUGAUUGAAAAAGGAUAGAUAGAUAGCCAACUUCACAAAACAGUGGGAAGCUUUGGAGUCAACAUGGGCCAGCAUCCCUGUAGAACACCUUUUAGCGUCCAUGCCCUGACGAAUUGAGGCUGUUCUGGAGGCAAAAGAGGGUGCAACUCAAUAUUAGAAAGGUGUUCCUAAUGUUUUGUACACUCAGUGUAUUUGGCCUUGUGUUUUAGGUUGUUUUCCUGCUGAAAGGUGAAUUUGUCUCCCUGUGUCUGUUGGAAAGCAGACUGAACCACGUUUUCCUCUAGGACUUGCCUGUGCUUAGCUAUAUUCCUUUUCUUUUUAUCCUAAAAAGCUCCCUGGUCCUUGCUGAUGACAAGCAUACUCAUAACAUGAUGUAGAACCACCAUGCUUGAAAAUAUGAAAAGUGGUACUCAGUGAUGGGCUGUAUUAGAUUUGCCCCAAACAUAAUGCUUUGUAUUGAGGUCAAAACGUACAUUUCUUUGCCACAUGUUUUGCAGUAUUACUUUAAUGCCUUAUUGCAAACAGGAUGCAUAUAUUGGAAUAUUUUUUAUUCUGUUCAGGCUUCCUUCUUUUCAUUCUGUAAUUUAGGUCAAUAUUGUGGAGUAACUACAUUGUUGUUGAUCCAUCUCCUUUUAAAAUCACCAUUGGUAUCAUGGUGAAAUCCCUGAGCGGUUUCCUUCCUCUCCGUCAACUGAGUUAGGAAGGACGCCUGUAUCUUUGUAGUGACUGGGUGUAUUGAUGCACCAUCAAAAGUGUAAUUAAUAACUUCACCAUGAUCAAAGGGAUAUUCAAUGUCUGUUUUUUACCCAUCUAACAAUAGGUGCCAUUCUUUUGCGAGUCAUUGGAAAACAUCGCUAGUCUUUGUCAUUGAAUCUGUGCUUGAAAUUCACUGCUCAACUGAAGGACUUUACAGAUAAUUGUAUGUAUGGGGUACAGAGAUGGGGUAGUCAUUCAAAAAUCAUGUUAAACACCAUUAUUGCACACAGAAUUAGUCCAUACAACUUAUCUGACUUGUUAAAGGACAUUUUUACUCAUGAAGUUAUUUAGGCUUGCCAUAACAAAGGGGUUGAAUACUUAUUGACUCCAGACAUUUCAGCUUUUAGUUUUUUAUUAAUUUGUACAAAAUUCUAAAAACAGAAUUCCACUUUGACAUUGUGGGGCAUUGUGUGUAGAUCAGUGACACACAUCUACAUUUUAUCCAUUUUAAAUUCCAAGUUGUAAUACAACAAAAUGUGGAAAAAAUUAAAGGGGUGUGAAUACUUUCUGAAGGCACUGAUUCUUGAAGAAGAAAUGCCUCAUGAGCUUAGUUCAACUGUCCCCAUCAGAACCCAAAAUAUAAGCUUGUUUUGCAAACACUGCAUAGCCUCAAAACAUGGUUCAAACUAUAAUUUAGAAAAUAUCACGGAUGGUCAGUCCUUGCAUCCAUAGCUCUGUCUAUGAAUUUGAGAGCAGUUUACCGAAACAGCGGUUAUUGUUUGAACAGCAGAUUGCCCCUUUAACCAAGCUCCAACCCUCCCCAUGUGCCUUUUUGUGUUCGUUCUUCAACUGUGAAUAAAUAUAAUUUUGGGAUUCUUA